AUUUUUCCAGAGUUUUGUUUUAAUUGUCAACAAAUUUUGUUCCUAAUUAAUUGUUCACCUUUUCAACGUUACCUGUUUUGUUGUUGAUUAAUUGUUUAUCUUAGUAAUUAUGAAGGAAUAUCCUCGACUUCCUAUGCUUUACUUUGAAUUUAAACUCAGUCAUGGAGCAUCUGAAUUUGCGGUUCCAAUUAAAAAGUUCAUCCGUGAAUAUUAUGGGGACGAUGGAGAAAAAUAUAAUAAAGAAAUCAAAGAGAUGGAAGCUUUGAGAAAUGCUGCUCUUCGUCCUUCUCGUGAUAUGACAGGUUGUCUCACUCUGAAAAGGUAUUACUCUCAACUGUAUACACUUUACAAUAAGGUGAAAAUAAUGAAAGGUGAUAUGUCAAUUACGUUUACCUGGCAAGAUGUUUAUUCUGGUAAUCCGGUGACCGGUGAUAUUCAAUUUGAAUUAGAUGCAACCAUGUACAAUAUUGGUGCUCUUCAUGCUGAACUUGGAGCCCUUAAUAUGAGAGAUAAUGCUGAAAGUUUAAGAAUUGCCUGUACCCAUUUUCAGUGUUCAGUUUGGGCAUUUGAACAGCUUAAAGAUCAUCCACAGAAUAAAUCAAAAGACAUGUCACAUGAUAUAAUAUCUUUCAUCUAUCAAACUGUUAUGGCUCAGGCUCAAGAAUGUAUACUUGAAAAGUCAAUUAUGGACAAUAGGAAAAAUUCAAUUAUCUCUCGUGUAGCUGCCCAAGUGGUUGAAUAUUAUAACAGUGCUCUUAGUGUUCUCAUUCAAUCUUCAUUAAAUUCUGACAUGGACAUUGGUGAGAUUGUUGGUUCCAAAUUGUUUAAAGAGUGGAAAAAAUUUACAGAAUUUAAAGUUUCCUAUUAUACUGCUGUUUGUGCCCUUUACAUGGGUGAUUCUUGUGGGGAACAGACAAAAACUGGUGAACAAAUUGCUUGGUAUCUAUUAGGAAAUCAGCAUCUUGACCAAGCAGAAAAAUUAUCAAAAUCAAUUGGUAAAAUUGAGAUUAGUUUACUUUCCAAAGCUUUAACUGUUAAAAGAGAAACAGCCGAGAGAGACAAUGAUUUCGUUUAUCAUCAACCAAUUCCAUCUACUGAUAAACUAACUGCCGUUAAAGGAGCUCCUUUGGCCACUGGUGUUGGUUUCAAUGUUUCCGACCCGGAAGUUUGUGGUAAAGACAUUUUUGCCCGUUUAGUCCCAAUCGAAGCUCAUGAAAUGGCCUCGAUUUAUAGUGAGAAUAAAGAUAAAAUUCUAAGGGAGGUAAGACGUGAGGUUGAAGAAAAGGACGUCGAACUGUUAACUUACCUUUCAUCAUUGCAAUUGGAUAAAGAUAAUUUAAGGCCAGUUGCUGAUACAAUUCCCGAUGAACUUAUUGAAAUUUGUGCCGAACUUAGUGUUAAACCUUCAAUUUGCCGAGAGACUCUUAAAGAGAUGGAAGAAUUGAAGAAUUUAGCUUCUGAAGCUGAGCAUAACAUCCAAGAGGCGACAAUUAUUAUUGAAGAAGAAGAUGAAAAGGAAAGGAAACAUCAAGAUAAAUUUGGUAAACGAGCUCCGUCCAUGAUAAUUGUUGAAUUAGGAAAAGAAUUGAGAAAACACGAAGAAACUCAGAGAAAAGGUUCAACUUCAAAUCAAAAUCUAUCCCAAGCACUGGAAAAAUUUUCUAAAGAUAUUCAACUAUUAAUCGAUUGUUCGGCAAAAGAUUUGGAAAGACUUUUACCUCCAGUUACAGAUAUACCCUUCGAUGAGGCCAACAUCAAAGAGAUCGAGAAAUUAUUGGACAAAGUGCAAGAAAUGAAGGAUCAACGUGAAUCCCUUGAGAAUCAACUUCGAGAAGAAAUUCAAAAUGAUGAUGUUCUUAAACAUGUGAUUGCUCAUUCAAAAGACGAAAUCGAAAGUAUAUUCGAAAAAGAAUUAGCCAAAUAUGAUAAAACUGUUAAUCUAUUAGAAAAAAAUAUGAAUGCUCAAGAAAAUAUUCUAAACGCAUUAACCAAGGCCAGUGCUUCUUAUGGUAAAUCACGAAUGGCUCUGAAUGAGGUGAAUCGUCUUAGAGCUAAUCGAAUACAAGUUUUACUCAAUUCUUUUGAUAAUUUUAUGAAAGUAAAGGAUAACAUUUUAAAAGGAAUUGAAUUUUAUAAAGAGUUUACGACAACCACCAGUAAAUUGUUGGCCCGAUUAAAAAGUGUCACAAAAGUUCAAGACGAGGAAAGAUCACAGUUCGUCGAAGGUCAUAAAAAGGAAACAUUCAACAUUGGAUCUCUUUCUCUGUCAAAGAGAUUAUCUCAUGAAGUAUCAUCUCCACAUCCUCAAUUGCCACCGACCAAUGGUACACCCAAGUUGAAAGAUUUUCUACCCUACAUGAAUUUACGAAAUAAUCCAAGUCCGGCUUCUUAUAGUAGCCCUUCUGGUGUUUAUCCGCCGAGUAACAAUCAAAUGCAAGGACAAUAUUCGCUUCCACCAAACACUGGAUAUCCAAACCCAGUCCAUGUCCCACAAAUUGUUCCCCAGGCUCAACAUCAACCUCAAAUUUCUCAUGUGCCUCAAGUUCAACAAAUUCACCAACCUCCGAUUCCACAAAUGGGCCAAGUUGCACGAGCUCAACAGAUACCACAAGAGUCACAAAUUCUGCAUCAUCACCAACCUCAACCCCCGACGCCUCAACAAGUUCCUCAAGUUUCACAGCAACACCAAACUCCACAUUUUAAUUACCAACAAACAUAUCCAACAAAUCAAGGCAAUACAAUGACCAAUUAUCAGAAUUAUUAUUAUCCAACGGCAUCCACACAACCAACUCCAAACCUUCCUUCAAUCGCUCAACAACCACCGCAACAACAACAGCAACAACAGUUUCAUCAUCAACCAGUGCAACAACAAUAUCAGAUCUCAUCUCAAUCUUAUUAUCCGGAAGCUUAUACAAACCAAACUGAUCCUAUGGUUAAUUAUCAGAAUCAAAAUUACUAUCAAGAUUAUUACCAACAACCCCAACAACAACCACAACCACAACCACAACCACAUCAACACCCACAGCCACAGCAGCAAUUACAACAACAUCCUCAAUCACAUUUGAAUCAACAAUUUCAGACAAACACACAGUCACUUAUUCAUCAACAGCAAUUACAGCCCCAAACACAAACAUACCCACAGCCACCACCUCAACCCCAACCCCAGCCUCCUCUUCAUCCACAGCAACAAUUACAACAACCCAAACCCAACCACAAACAUAUCCACAAUCACAACCUCAACCACAACCACAACCUCAACUCCAACCCCAACCACAGCUUCAGCAGCCCCUUCAACCACAACCACAAACGCAAUUAGCUCAACAACCACAAUUACAACCCAACACUCAGACACAAUCAUCAUACCCUCAACCAGAUUCACAAUUAACUUCACAAACAGAUUAUAUGAUAAACAAUCAACAAUCUGAACCUACUAAGAACAAUAAUAACACCGAGCAAUCAAACGCUAAUCAAGAUUUACUUUCCCAGUUUGAUCCACUUUGGGCAUAAAUAAACACCUUAUUAUUAUCUAA